CCCUUUUUGAAUUCAAUUCGAAAUGCCUACUCCAAAAUCAUACAAGGUAGAAAAAGUGAGCACAGAUGAGCUUGCGAAGAGAGCUAUGGAUGUCUGUAGAGAAAUGCUUGAAAUCAUUUGUGAACGUACUAGCAAGGACGGAGAUGACGAUGUUGUAAAUACAACAACCUGUGAAUUGCACUACUUUGGAAAGAAUCAGCAACUAAAGAUUUCGAAGGUUGCGGAUAGUCUGUAUUCGUCCCUGAAGGACGUCCUUAGGUAUGUUAUGGAUGAAACGACCAAGCGGAGUGAUGGGUUGUACAAGUUCCAGAUUCCCAAGCAUACCAGCUAUAUUGGCUCGAUUAUAAAAAGCACUGCCAUCGAGGUAAUUGCUCGAAAUGAAAACCAUAUGAAAUACCUUCAAUCUCUGACGUCACAAACGAAUAAAUACAGGUUCGAGGCCUCUUCCACCCAGUUCUUGCAUCUCUACUACGACACCAUUCUCCGCCUCUAUGAUCGCGGCUUCCUCUUCGAAGACGAUCCGGAGCUGCGCGAGAUCCACCAGCUGCUCACGAGCGGCUCGGCGCAAUGCACCACGGACGCGCUCGGGAACAAGUCGAUCACGUUGUACGCGAGCAACCCGAUGAACUCGCGCCUCACCACGCGCAACCGCGUGAUUUUCCCGUAUCUUCGCCGCUUGCUGGAGACGCAGAAGGCGGCGCAGGUGACGAAGCGGCGCGUGGACAGUCUGAACGAGCAGCUGCCGCCGUCGGCGGAGAUCCAGCACGCGCUGGAGGAGAAGAUGCGAGAAGAGAUGAAGAAAUCACGAGAACGAGGGCACUCUGCCGCCCGAAAUGGCGCAGUCGCACUAUCAGCUAGUGGCGCUCGACUUCUUGAAGAACAACUACAGCAAAGAGCAGGUGGAGCAACUGGAGUCGUAUUUGAAGCCGGAGAGAUCGCUCAGCAAGCGGUCCCACAAGCGAUAUAUCACGAUGUCUUCGAAGCGGCCCAGGCCGGUCGAGGUUUCGGUGCCGUACGUGGAGGAUGGAGUGUCGAAGAUCCCGAGCAUCACGCUCGACCCGAGGUUUGCCCAGAAGCCAAUGAAGCCGGAGGCGGUGGAGGGGGUCAUGAACUCGAACAUGCUGGAAAUUGA